UUAGAGAUAUAACCCGAGACGUGGCUAGACAUACGACGUCGUUGCUUCAUAUUGUUCUCCUCUCCGGUCUCACCUCUGCUAUUUUUCAGUUUUCGCAGCAGACGAUGCCAGUGAAAUGGGUUUUGCAUUGGCAACCGAAUGCGGGAACAACCGUGAACACGCAAAUCCUCAAUGAAGUGUCGCAGUGCGUGGAGAGCAUUAACGGAGUUAAAGAAGGGAGGUGGAAAGCUACUCUCACCUCCUAUAAACCCAUGGUUCGAGACCAGUCGCAAAUUGCGGAAUUCCCACGAGAUUUCUUGGGGAUUUCUCUGCCGGAGCAGCCAAACAAGUACUAUUUCAUGAUCCGGGGUCAAAGGCUCGUUGUGGAGUCAGAUUCAUCGAUUCAGAACAUAAUGGAGAAACUUCAGUCUUACAAAUCCAGGGUCGCGCUUCUUUUUGAGGGGUUCCAGUAUCAACUUGGGGACUUUCAGUUGAGGGUGGGGAAGGUUGUUCCAAGUCAUUCUGAGAACUUGAGAGGAAUUGUCAUGGAGGUGGAGUAUCUCCCCAUAUCCUCAAUGGAGAAGGGAAGGCAAGUCAUGGAAGAAUUUUUUGAUAUAUGGCAAGAGGCAAUCUCAAAAAGAUCAUUACCUGGUCAUUUUAUGCACAUAGAACCUAACUUUGCUGAGUAUGGUCUGUUGGAUCAGUAUAGUUCACAACACACAGCUGUGCAGUAUGCUACUGUUGUGGCUCAACUGAUUGCAACACAGUCGGUACAAGCAACUAGAAAUUAGGAAGUCGUUAUUUGUACUUUUUUUUACAAUUAACCACCUCUUUGGAAGUUAAAUACGAUUGCUUUGCCAAUUUCUUAACUCAGUUGUUUAUCUCAUUUGGUAUAUCAGUGAGAAAGAUAAGAUCUAUAAACCUGAUUAGAUGCUUUUUAUUCAA